GAUAAUAUCCCAGGAUGCAUUUGGCCACAACAAGCAAGCAGCUGUGCCAUCAGUUUCCAACUGGCUUGACCGGUGAUGUCACAUGUUUGCUGUACGGAUUUAAUUUAUUGACCAUUCUAUAUCUACUUGGACUUAUUUCUUUAUGUCGACCAUCAGUCCAUCGCCCGAAGACUUCUCAGGAAAAAAAUUUCAUUGCGGCGAGUUUAGUUUUCAGUACUAGCUACAAGCGUUCUGGUAAAAACAAAAACCAAAACGUCCGUAAAGUUUCACAGCAGGAGCCGUGAGUCAAAAGAUACGAAAGUUUUUUUUUUUUCUACACCUUUUCCUUUCUCUUCCUCAUUCGUUGUGAACAAGUCAAACCAGUUUAGCUCAUUUAUCGGUUCCUAUUGACCCCGAGAAUUCCACUGUGUUCCGAAAUGACAGCUGAGGGGUCCAAGCUGUGGGGGGGGUCGUUUUGUGGGCGCCAUCGACCCAACGAUGGAGCGCUUCAACGCGUCGGUGUCGUACGACAAGAGGAUGUGGGACGCCGACCUGAGAGGCAGCAAAGCCUACGCCAAGGCUCUGCACCGGGCCCAGCUGCUCAGCGCUGACGAGACGGAACAGAUCCUGCAAGGCCUGGACCAGGUCAGCGAGGAGUGGCGCAAAGGCACCUUCGUGCUCAAAGACGGCGAUGAAGACAUCCACACUGCCAAUGAACGCAGACUUAAGGAGCUGAUUGGCCCUGCUGCAGGGAAACUGCACACGGGCAGGAGCAGGAACGACCAGGUGGUGACUGACAUGCGUUUGUGGCUGCGUGACGCCAUCGCCACGCUGACGAACGAGGCCCUCCUCCUCAUCUCCGCCAUGGUGGAGCGCGCCGCAGCAGAGAUAAAGGUCCUGUUUCCUGGUUACACCCACAUGCAGCGAGCUCAGCCAAUCAGAUGGAGCCACUGGAUGCUGAGUCACGCCGUGGCUUUGCAGCGGGACGUGGAGCGGCUGCGGGAGAUCAGCAAACGUGUCAACGUCUUGCCCCUUGGCAGCGGCGCCAUCGCCGGAACGCCCUUCGCCAUCGACAGGGAGCUUCUGAGGAAAGAGUUGUUUUUCGACGAGGUCAGCCUGAACAGUAUGGAUGCCACCGGCCAGCGAGACUUUGUCGCCGAGUUCCUGUUCUGGGCCUCGCUGUGCGCGACUCAUCUGAGUAAGGUGGCUGAGGACCUCCUGCUCUAUAGCACCAAAGAGUUCUCCUUCGUCACACUCGCCGACGCCUACAGCACGGGCAGCAGCUUGAUGCCCCAGAAGAAGAACGCCGACAGUCUGGAGCUGAUCAGGAGCAAGGCGGGACGAAUCUUUGGCCGAUGCACAGGCUUCAUGAUGACGCUGAAGGGCCUUCCCAGCACCUACAACAAAGACCUGCAGGAGGACAAGGAGGCCAUGUUCGAUUGCUACGACUCCAUCCUGGCCGUCCUCCAGGUCACCGCUGGUGUCAUCUCCACGCUGAAGAUCGACGCCGGCGCCAUGCAGGCGGCGCUCAGUGCCGACAUGCUGGCUACCGAUCUGGCCUACUACCUCGUGAGGAAGGGGGUGGCCUUCAGGGAAGCUCACGCACUGGCGGGCAAAGUGGUUUUCACGGCCGAAUCCAAAAAGGUCCCAUUGAACCAGUUAGCCAGCGAGGACCUCAAGGCCAUCAGCCCGCUGUUGGAAGGCGACGUGGCGUCGGUGUGGGACUACGAGUCCAGCGUGGAGCAGUACAGCGCCCCGGGCGGCACGGCCGAGAGCAGCGUGCGCGCUCAGGUAGAACACCUACGCGCCUGGAUGGCACUGCAGAAAACGUAAACGCUGCACCGGCACUCUCACCUCAAUUAGUGAAGCAAAAUCAAACAUGAAAAAGUAGGUUUAUGCCAGAAAAGUCUUCACUUGGUAUCAGUUGAAUGAAUCAAAGCAAAGCCCAUUGAUGAACUCUUUGGUCCAAUGACUGUCUGUGUGGUGUACCUAAUAAAAUGACUAUUAAAGACUAUUAGACUUUCUCAA